GUAGACCGUAACGCCCUCCUCUCGGAUCACUUCCGCCGCUGGGGUCAGUUUCCGCCCAGCUUGCCCGGCUUCGCCCGCGCGGCUGGAGUCAAGAUGGAGGAGUAUGCGAGAGAGCCUUGGGUCUCGCUAAGUUGUUGAGGGGCUCACUAAGUUCCCCGAGGCCGGUCUCGAGCUUGGCGAUCCUCCUGUCUCAGCCUCCCGAAUCGCUGGGAUUACAGGCGUGCACCACCACGCCCUCUGGAAGUGCCAUUCUUGAGUCCUUAUUUGUAUCGUGACGUGUCCACAAGAGCUCAGCACAUUGUAAAUUGCUGUUGGAUAUGGUUGGGGACAGCCCCUGGCGAAUUGUGGAUGACUGUGGUGGGGCCUUUACGAUGGGUACCAUAGGUGGUGGUAUCUUUCAAGCAAUCAAAGGUUUUCGAAAUUCUCCAGUGGGAGUAAACCACAGACUACGAGGGAGUUUGACAGCUAUUAGAACCAGGGCUCCACAAUUGGGAGGUAGUUUUGCGGUUUGGGGAGGCCUGUUCUCUAUGAUUGACUGUAGUAUGGUUCAAGUCAGAGGAAAAGAAGAUCCCUGGAACUCCAUCACUAGUGGUGCCUUAACAGGAGCUAUACUGGCAGCAAGAAAUGGUCCAGUGGCCAUGGUUGGGUCAGCUGCAAUGGGUGGCAUUCUCCUAGCUUUAAUUGAAGGAGCUGGUAUCUUGUUGACAAGAUUUGCCUCUACACAGUUUCCCAAUGGUCCUCAGUUUGCUGAAGACCCCUCCCAGUUGCCUUCCACCCAGUUACCAUCCUCACCUUUUGGAGACUAUCGACAAUAUCAGUAGAACUUUUUUUCCCAGGAUUUCUUUAACAGAAUGAGCUGUAGUUCAAGAAAGAUUUCAGAAGAUCAAGUUGCAGUCUGUUUUUAAAACCAUAGGUGGAACAACUGUGGCCAAAUAGGCUAUGAAGAGACAUUUAGCACUUUUUUCUAUUUAAAGGAACAUGGAGGGGGGGAAUAAAAGAUGCCACAUUUAUGUAUUCACACUCGGAUUGCAUUUGUGAUCAAAAUAAAUAUCUAAUGUCCUUAAAAGAAAAUAUAAUAAGUGCUUAGAAGAUGAAGGACCAAAGGGCAAAUAACAGUGGAACAUGACCAUCAUUUCCUUAGGGACUUCUCUGCCUGGUUUUAUGUGUUCUAUUAUUCAAACAAUAAAAAGCUCCUGGAACUUACUCUUUCUUUUAAGAUAAAUUAUAAAGUUCUGCCUUUUCAUACUGAGCAUAUUUCAAAUAAUGCAUGUUUUAUACUCGUCCCUCAUCUCACUUGAAGUGAAUUAUGUAUAAGAAGAAUUAUGCAGAGUCGACAUGAAUCAUUUCACAGUGAAAUGCUUUAUGGAUUGAAGGAUAUGGUAACUAUCUUUUACUUUGAAAGUAAACUAUGCUGUCUUGGUUUUGAGGAUGGUGGGUACAAGACUGUUAACUUUAGGGCUACUACGUCCUGAUUCCUGAUCAUCAGAAACCUCACCAGAAACAACUUGCUUUCAAUAUGCCCAAUUCUGUAUGAGAAGAAUUCAUGCAGAGAAAAUUUUGGUGUUGUGUGCUUGAAAAUAAAAUAUAUGCUGUUUUUAAUGUG